UCGGCCCGUGAUGGCGACGGCAUCGUCGGCCACGACUCCGCCUGCUCACUGGAGCCGCUUUGACCAAGAGCAAGACCUAGCGGUACGGGAGCUCAUCCGGCAAGUAACCGGCCUGGACGAGCGGAGCCCCGAAACGUCCGGCCACUUCCAAGCGGCGCUAAAUUUCGCCUGGUCCAACUUCAGGUUUCAUCAAUUUCUUGAUGUCAGUAGGCACAAAGUGGAGAAAAUAAUGGAAGGAAUUUAUGAAAAGCUGGUGGUUCACUCUGACCUUGUUAAAGCUGGAAGUUGGAGGAGACUAACAGAAGAAUUUCUGAAUUUGUCUCUUCCCACCACAGAAGGAACAAAGGUUUGUGAGUUUUAGAACAUAACUGAAUGCUAUAUUCUUUUGUCUUUAUAGUUCUUUUAAAGCUGAUCAUUUUGUAAUGGAAAUUUAUAUAUCCAUCAGAAAUUAAUAAAAAAAAAUUCUUUUCUAUAAUAUUAUUUUUGUUGUAUUCUCAGACCUCAGCAUGUAAUUACCAUGAAACCUAUAUAACAUGGCAUGUAAGACACUUGCAAUAACUCUAUUGAAAUAAAUUAUUUUGAUAGGCUAGUAGCACUGUGAUUUAUGAAGAUUUAAAAUGUCUUAGACAUAAUUAAUUAAAAUACAAAGAAUAGUUCCUGGGCUCUGAAAAGAGGAUAAUUUAUGAAAAUUAAUAUUACUUUGUUAGCUCCAGCACUACAGUAGUUUCAAAGGCAAUAACCUUCAAUAUUGCUUUUAUGCGAAUAUUUUAUUUAUCUGGUAAACUUAUAUGCUGCUCAUCUCUCCUAGAGAUAACUCUUGGCAACUUACAAUGAAAGCAACAAGACAAACUAUU